CAAGGUUCCAAGCUUGUCUUUUUUUUUUUUUUUUCUGUCGUUCCUAACACCGUCCAAUACGUCCUUUUUAAAAUCCGUGAUAGUUAUAUUGCUUCCGAGGUCUUGAAAUCGGUCGUCAUCUCUUCUUGAGCUUCCCUUGUAAGAGUUACGGUGAGACUUGAGGGGAGUUCGAACUAGACUAAUUGCUUCCAAAAGCUGUAAAAAUGGGUCAUGGCUAUUCUACUUAUCGAGUUUUGCAGAGGUUUCCUCUUACUGUUAGUUUAUGAAAUUCUAACCUUUCGAUGUCGAAUUAUGUUGGGGAGAUCAAAUUUAACCAAGUACGUCAGGAAAAAUUUAUCAGCCUUUCACAAAUGCGCAUGUUUAUGUGUUUGCUCUUCUGGAAGCAAUAGUGAUGGUGGCGUUGAUGAUCGUAUUUGCUUGGAUGGAUCAGAGCGUGAGAAUGAAUGGGAAAGAUUAUUGAAGCCUUUUGACCUUCUAGAGCUUAGGAGAUCGCUCAAUUGGAUCACACCAGAGCGGCUGUGUAAGUUACUAGAGCUCCCUCUGGAUGUACCCACAUCGAUGGCCAUAUUUGAUUGGGCAGGCACCCAGAAGGGUUAUUCGCAUACUUUUAAUGUUUGUUAUCUGCUAAUUGAUAAGCUUGGAGCUGCAGAGGAGUUCAAGACCAUUGAUAGACUAUUGCUGCAGAUGAAGGAGGAAGGGUUGGUUUUUAGAGAAGCCCUUUUUAUAGUUAUUAUGAAAUGGUAUGGGAGAGCUAGUUUGCCUGGGCAAGCAAUUGGGGUGCUAAUGGAGAUGAAGGAUGUGUUCAGCUGUGAACCUACUUUCAGAUCGUUUAAUGUUGCUUUGGAGUUGCUGGUUGCUGGAAAUUGUCACAAAACUGUCCCUGUUCUGUUCAAGCAAAUGUUGGUUAAGGGUGUUUCCCCUAGUGUCUUCACUUUUGGAGUGGUAAUGAAGGCUCUCUGUUCAGUGAAUGAGGUGGAUUAUGCCUGCUCACUCCUAAGGGAAAUGACAAAGCAUGGGUGUGUACCCAAUUCAGUAAUUUAUCAGACUUUGAUACAUGCCCUCAGCAAGGAUGAUAGAGUGAAGGAGGCAUUGAAGCUCUUGGAAGAAAUGUUUCUGAUGGGCUGCACACCUGAUGUAAAUACAUUCAAUGAUGUUAUCCAUGGUCUAUGCAGGCUUGGACGGAUACAGGAGGCAGCGAAGUUGGUUGAUAGGAUGCUUCUCCGUGGUUACAGCCCUGAUUCUAUAACUUAUGGGGUCUUGAUGAAUGCAUUAUGUAGAAGUGGCCAGGUUGAUGAAGCAAGAGCUCUGUUGGACAAAGUAGCUGAGCCUAAUGUAGUAUUAUUUAAUACCUUGAUCAAUGGGUACGUGAUAGUUGGACGUUUUCAUGAAGCCAAAGCUGUUCUUUACGAAAAUAUGUUACCUUUUGGGUGCAGUCCUGAUGUGUUCACUUAUAACAUCUUAAUCCAUGGCCUAUGUAAGGUGGGUUGUAUGGGUUCAGCUCAGGAACUUGUGUAUGAGAUGGCAAUCAAAGGCUGUGAGCCCAAUGUGAUCACGUACACAAUUUUGAUUGAUGGGUUCUGCAGGCAAGGUCGACUCAAAGAAGUCAAUGAUGUUUUAGAGGAGAUAUCAGCCAAGGGACUUAGCCUAAAUACUGUUGGAUACAAUUGCCUUAUGUGUGCUCUUUGCAAGAAAGGAAAGAUUGGUGAGGCUGUAGAAAUUUUUGGUAGGAUGUCAAGUGAAGGAUGUAAACCUGAUAUAUUCACGUUCAAUUCUCUAAUACAUGGUUUAUGCAAUGUUGACCGCAUUGAAGAGGCAUUACAAGUGCAUCAGGAUAUGUUAUUGGAGGGUGUCAUUGCCAACAAUGUAACUUAUAACACAUUGAUUCAUGCCUUUUUAAGGAAAGGUGCAUUGCAAGAAGCACUGAAGCUAGUCAACGAUAUGGUGUUUCGAGGUUGCCCUCUUGAUGUCAUUACAUAUAAUGGUCUAAUAAAGGGGCUCUGCAAAGCAGGAGCUGUUGAGAAGGGUUUGGCACUGUUUGAAGAAAUGAUGAGAAAGGGUGUUACCCCAAAUAAUAUUUCUGGCAACAUUUUGAUCAAUGGCCUCUGCAGAACAGGGAGAGUACAAACUGCUCUUGAGCUUUUAAGGGACAUGAUCCACCGUGGAUUGACACCAGAUAUUGUCACCUAUAAUAGCCUUAUGAAUGGUCUUUGCAAGGCAGGACAUAUCCGGGAGGCUUUGAACCUCUUGGACAAGUUACAAGUUGAAGGGGUUGCUCCUGACACUAUUACAUAUAACAUUCUAAUCAGUUGGCACUGCAAGGAGGGCAUGCUUGAUGAAGCUAUAUUUCUUCUAGGUAGGGUAAUGGACAGUGGAAUCAUACCCAAUGCCAGGACAUGGAAUAUACUGGUUAACAAUUUUGUUAAAGAGGGAGAAAGGGAAACUUGGACAGCGAGGUAGUGACUGAAGGGAUAGUUUCCCUUUUGCAGUAUGAAUUCAGCCUUGAGUGUACAUCACAAAGCAUGGCAAGGUGUGACAGCAUCGCCAAUCAUAUUUUGCUGCAAUUGAAUUCUCUAUUUAUUCUCCGGGUUUCUUCUGGGUGGUAGGUCUUCUCUGCGCCUCUAUGCAUCUCAAUCUCUUCGCAAGUCCUCAACCAUAGCGGAACAGAUAAAGGUGGUGUUUCUGAAGCAACCGAAGGUGUUCUUAUGCUCUAAAGAAAUCUGGGAAGGACAAGAGGGCUGGAAAGUGUGGGAACCAAUACCGGAAGAACAUUGGGUUUGGGUAAUGCUCCUCGAGAUGCAAUUCAAGGUACAUAUAUUAAUAAGGAAUGUGCAUUCAGUGGGAAUGUUUCAAUCAGGGACAGUAUUCUAUCAGGCACCUGCUGCAGUGCUAAGAUGAUGACGACUAUUAUUCUCCGAUGAGACUAACUUCAUUACGUCAAGAAAUAUCAGAGAUAUGAAAAGAGGCAUUCAAACAUUCCGGCACACAUAUCUCCAUGCAUCCGUGUGAAGGAAGGAGACCAUGUUAUAAUCGCCCAGUGCAGGCCGCUGUCAAAUACUCCGAGGCUUAAUGUGUUGGAAGUGACUCCUGCUGGAUCGUCUGGUGGAGUUGGGAAGAUGGCUUUUACAGGAAUAUGAUUUUGAGGUUUUCCAUUUCUCUUAUUGCGUUAGAUGCCAUUGAUAAUGGCUUUUCACAUUCUUUUGUAGGAGUUUUGCCAUUUUGGAAGGCAAUAAAGUUUUUUUGAUAUAUAAACUUUUUGUUUUGUUGAAAUCAAGCUCUUUGAGAUA